CCCAUUCUCAUUCCCAGGGCUCAAAUAUGCUUUGACACGUCCUUCAGCGUCAUGGUUGAACUCAAUGGGGGAAGCCUUUUGUAAAACUAAAGUAGGCCGAGUAUAAAUAACAGAAAAGUCCGAGUAAGGAGUUGAUUGGUGGUCAGAAACCGGACUACCCAGGGCGUUAAACGGCAAUGCCAAGGGUUCUUGACCUUGGGAUGAGAACGGGUUGCCAAAGCUAAGAAAAGUGAUUCCUGAACUGUGUAGCCUUAUAGCCUCUUGAUGAGUCCCCCACAAUGCUUGUCGUAGGUAGGCCUACAAGUGCAUUCAAAUUUCGAACAAAUGUAGCCUAUCACAAAGUAGCAAGUAACAUGUAAAGUUUGUCAGACGGAUGGUUGAUGGACCAGACUUGCCCACGUUCACCUGUUUUAUCAGUAAAUGUGAUGGUGGACAGGUUUGUGGUUUACCUGAUACAAUAGUAUUCUAUUCUUAUAGUCAGAAGGCCUAUCGUGACGAAAGAGGAGAAUAUUGGAGACUAGCCUUUGUGAUGAAAACAAAAGGACAGGCAGAACAACUCCAAAGACUACAUUUUAGGUUUAGUGUGGACGUAAUUCAGUCUAUCCAGAAUUUCGAGAUGUCGCAAUCGCAACAAAUUCCCGAGAAUUCAGCGUGACACUCCCUCAAAUUUGUCCUAUCCUCGCCGUUUCCAGUUACCUUAUGUCAGCUUGGCAUUUCCUGAUUUACAAGUAACGUCUCACUUGCCGACAAAAAAGGACCGUGAAAAACAGUAGGCUUUCGAUCUUGACACAGAGUGGCAGAAACGCAUGGAGGAAAUCAGACGAGACAACUCACUCUGACACGGGCUGCUGCGUCCCGGUAAAUUGCAAGCCCUGAAAUAAUCAAGGCAAACGAAAGACGACUUGUCCUCUAUUACUGGUCCUGCAUCGCUGUGUCCAGCUGUUCAUGGUCUACUGGACAGCAAUCAGACAAAGGAGCUUUUGUCUGAUAAAUCUUAACAAGCAACAUACUAAAUUGGAGUCACAAGUAUGCACAGUAUCUGAAGAGUUUCAGGCUGUUGGCUUGUGGGGGCUGCAACUUUUUCUACCUCUGCUGGGCUGUAAUUCAAGUCAAAUCAGAAUCUGAGCAGCAGGAUCUUGGGAAGUAGAGUAGUAAGAGUAUUCUAACGCAAUAUGGAGAGGUGGCACUGUUGGCUGCUGCUGUGCACACUAAGUUUAGUACUGGCCUCUGGAGAGGCAAUGAAAAAUGAUGAUGACAUCGACCUUGUCAGCUUUCUGAGAAGUAUCUUCCCCGGGCUGCUGGUGAGAGAGGAGCCACUCAUCAUCAACAGAGACUUUGAGAUAAACUCCCUGAAGGAGCUGGUACGGCAGGAGGGCCUCUCAAUCACAGAGCAAACCAAGGACAAAACAGUCAGUCGGGAUACAAAUGGGGCUCCUGGACCUGUGGUGUCAACCAAAGAUGGCCAGAUCAAGGGGAUUACAGUGGAUAAGGCCCAUAUAUUCUAUGGGAUACCAUAUGCAGACCCCCCAGUUGGGGCUUAUCGCUGGAAGCCCCCUAGACCUGUGAGUCCUUGGACAGGGGUUUAUGACGCAUCCUUCCCCAGGGCGGCAUGUGUGCAGGCCUGCAGGGGACCUGAGGAGUGUCCUCAAAAAGUCAGUGAGGACUGUCUCUACCUCAACAUCUUUGUCCCUGUGGAUGUGAACAUCAGCUCCCCUCUGAGGAGCUCACUGCCUGUCAUGGUGUGGAUCCAUGGUGGGGAUUUCAUUGCUGGCUCUGCCUCCAAGCCCCUGUACGACGGACGCUUCAUCAGUAACUUCACCCGCACUGUUGUUGUAAGCGUGGAGUACCGACUGGGUGCCUUUGGGUUCCUUGUGUCGGGCAAAGACCCUCACACCUCAGCUGCAGGGAAUUAUGGGAUAUUGGACCAGCAGGCAGCUCUUCUUUGGGUCCAGCGGAACAUUGCAGUGUUCGGAGGUGAUCCCAGCAAGGUGACAAUAUUUGGGGAGAGUGCAGGUGCUCAGUCAGUAAGUCUUCACCUGAUGAUCCAGAGCAGCAAGCCUCUGUUUCAACAGGCUGUCCUGCAGAGUCUGCCUUUCUCCAUCCCUCUGAAGACCAGACACGACGCCCUGAGGCUGGGAAAAGACUUUGCUAAAAAGACCAACUGCUCUGUGAGCGACAUCAUCUGCCUGCUGUCUCUCACUCCACAGGCCGUCCUCGCUGCCCAGAUGAAAACAAGUUCCAAGAUUGUGAACCCGUUCAGGUUCCUGGAGGUUUUUGAGACCUGGGGCCCUUACAUUGAUGGGGAGUUAAUAAAAGAGCAAGCUGUCAUUGCCUUCCUAAAGGGCCACUGGCAGAAAGAGAAGCCAGUGCUGCUGGGUACGACCUCAGAAGAGGGGGUGCUCUUUGUGUAUGGUGUCUUCAACAAGCCAGUCUCUGCGUUGGAGAGCACUGUGUACAUCACAGCCAUCUUUAAACAACACACACUGCGGAUCCUGCACAAGUACCUGCCCCUGUACAGGGAUGCUGACCGCAGGGAUAUGCUAGCUCAGAUCGUCACCGACUUUGUCUUCCUGUGUCCGUCCCGGAGGUCAGCACGUGCUGGCACAGCAACUGGCAGCCAAGUGUGGAUGUACGUGUUCGACCACGUGGUGUCAGACCAUCGUGUGUGGUCAGGUCUGACUUUCUGCUACCAGCACGCCUGCCACAGCGCCGAGCUGCCCUUUCUCUUUGACUCUGCCUCGGUGGCCAACUUCACCCUGUCACCGCCAGAGAAGCUGCUGUCCAAUCGGAUGCUGUGCUACUGGGGAGCCUUCGCCCACACUGGUGACCCUUCCUCGCGGGUCCAGCAGACGACUUUCUGCCGAGAACAGCGUCUGCCUGUUUGGCCGCGCUAUUCCGACACCAGCGGCUGGCUGGUCAUGAACCUGACGGCACGUUCACAUGCUCAGGUGGGGUCCAGGAACCAUAUAUGUGACUUCUGGGACCAACUGGGUGUCUACUAAUGAGGGGACAGGCUGGUGUUGGGUUGCUUUCCAUCGAAGUAGCAUCAAUACAUGCUGUUUUCUUUGUUCCUGAGAAUGUAAACUCGUCACAAAAUCUUGCAGCAUUAGAUAGAGGUGUUCAUCACAAAAUAUAUAUUCAUCAGUAUUAAACAUGAAUUGCUACCAAGCAACAGUUAUUUCAUUAAAUAGUCAAGUUUUAGAUUUGUUUUAUUUCUGUGACCUUUUUCCAGCAACUAGAGAUGUGUGAGUGUUCGGCAUAAUAAGUCAAAAGACUGAAUACAUUUUACCGAACAAUUACGUUGACGUGUCGGCAGUGUGGAAGCAUUUUAAAGUGUCCGAGAAAGACACAAAAAUCACCGUUUGCAGACACUGAAUUGUCUCCUAGCACAUCCACUCCAUCUGUGGCUGAAUGGCUUUGAGUGUUUCUGUCACUCGUUUGUGAGAGGGCGAUAAAGCUAGCCACACCUAAGUUUGGAGUGCUCACGUAUUCAAGCCUUUAUGGUAAAUCCACUGAAACGGACCAGAGCGAGCUGACAGGCAGGUUAGAGACGUUAUCCUGUCAGUUUACAAAGACAAGUGUUGCAGUAUGAGAGUCCUACCUGAAGAGAGGCUGAUAAGUCUUCAUGUUACGCGAUAGGAGAAUCACAUACAACAUAAUUUAUCAAAUUGGGUUGGACUUGAUCAAUUUUGCGCGAGGACACACGUGACAACAUCUAGUAGGGAUGAGGAUCGUUAAUUUUUAUUGAUAUUGAUAUCCUUAUUGAGACUGCUUAACGAUCCAAUUCUGUAUCGAUACUUUAC